GAGCGCGAAAGCUGUUCUCUUCUUCGUUCUCACCGUCUUCGUUCCUUGCUGUUGUGGAAACAGUGUUCUUUUCAGUGUUAAGACUUCCUGGACACAAAGAAUUGGGCUGCAUUGCCAUGGCCCAUUGUUAUGGACGGAUGAGGGAUCAGCGAAGAUCAUGAUCGGUUGUUUGGAUGAACCAGCUUGCCCAGGGGGAUGGGCAGAGUGUUUGUUGUGGGAUACGCAUACGGCUGGCACAGUGGUUACAGCUUCUGCCUUUAUGAAGAUUUGACCUACCUGUCAAACUUCUACUGCAAGACCCCACAGAAGCUCUCCAUGUACAGCUGGUAUGGCAGCGUCCGGCUGUACCACUUCCGAGUGCCUGAAGACUCCGUGCUGGUCUGCUGGCACUUAACUGUGACCAGAGGGUCCGGUUCAAGUUGUGGCAACCAUAACAUCUCAAUAUACAUUCGGUCUGGUGCACCUCCUGUAAUAAAUCCCAUAGACACAGCAUUUCCAAAUGAAACGGCCUUCUUGCUGGCAUACAAUCUCACUGCAUCCAUAAGCAGUGGGCAGAAUACCACCAUCUUCAAUGUCUCUAACCCAGAACCUGGGGACUGGUUUAUUGCUGCACAUCUCCCAAAAGAUAAUGGCAAAAUAGAACAGAAGGGCUUCUCGUCCAUGUGCUCGUACUUCUUUCAGCCUCAGAUGUUUGUAAGGAGGGUAAUCGACAUGCCCAUCCUUGAAUCCAAAGCACCUCUUCUUCAGACUGUGUCUUCUCCUGAAAAACCAGCAUUUCUUAAGUUUUUUGUGCCAGAUUACUCAACACACCUCAUCUUCCAUGUGUGGGGCUGUUCGACAGAGGGAGUUGAAGGUGCAGACUGCCCACUCAUCAUCACUGUGGGUUCUACCUCUCUGCAACCCUUCUCAGUCAGAACAGUGAACUGCACAGGCAUGACCUCUUGUGCAGUCAGACUAUUAACACCCCCCUGGGAGACAUGGAUCCGCAUCACUGUGGAAAGCAUCUAUGUGAACCUAACCACAACCUUUUCAGUUUCGGCAAAUCUUACAGUGGGGUGCAAGCCUAAAAGUGUGGGCUUGAUUGGCGAUUUCCUUGCCAAACUCAACACCAACAGCAACUGUGUCUCUGGAGCAAAUAAUUCAGCUGUGGUGGGGAACACAACCAUGUCAGGAAACACCUCGCUGAUGCUGGAACCCUUUGGGAAUGAAUGUUUACGUACCUAUUCUGUGUUUAAAGAGGAACUGGAUGUGGUCUCGGUGCAGUUUUCAGUGAUCGGUGGCCCCAACCUCAUAGUUUUGACCCAGGCUCCGACACUUAUCCCCCUGGAUCUUACAUCCUUCGCUGAUACUGGUGGGACACUGAACCUUCAUCUCAAGCUCAAUCAGACAAAUAUGACCAAUGGGAAUGUGAGUGUGGUGGCUUGCCUUGCUGCUAAAUCUCCUUUUUUGGCAUUGAACACCACCCAGUCUUGCAGAACAGCCUUCUCUCAGGGUUAUUCCCUAAAUCUGAAUGUAACAUCACCUAAAGCUGCACUGCGGCUCCCCUUUCCUGAGGCUGCCAUGUGGUACCUCACCCUGCAGGUGCUUUGCCCAGACAAUGCAAGUGACUGCGCCAAUGUUUCCAGCACCGUGAUGACAUCGGUGUAUCUGAGUGCCUGCAUUGAUGAGUGUGGGACAUACGGGGAGUGCAGGCUACUCCGGUCUUACAGCUACCUCUACGCUUCCUGUGUCUGUAAAGCUGGCUGGAGUGGCUGGGGCUGUACAGAUGGCAGCACAGCGCAGACUUACGCCCGUCAGCUGGUAGCUGCUCUUCUCCUCACCCUCAGCAAUCUUUCAUUUAUUCCACCCAUCAUAGUGGCCCUGCACCGCUGCUACUUUGCGGAGGCGUCCGUGUAUCUCUUCACAAUGUUCUUCUCUACGUUCUACCAUGCUUGUGAUCAGCCGGGUGUGACUGUGAUGUGCAUCAUGGAUUAUGAUACGCUUCAGUACUGUGACUUCCUAGGCUCCCUCACCUCAAUAUGGGUCACCAUUCUUUGCAUGUCUCGGUUCAAGGACAUCUAUAAAUACACUCUUUUCAUGCUGGGUGCCCUGAUCAUCGCCAUGUCAAUGCAGCUGGAUCGCAGGGGAAUGUGGAACAUGCUCGGUCCCAUUCUUUUUGCUCUGCUAGUGAUGGUAUUAGCCUGGGUUUACCGUGGUGUGAAACGCAGACAGUGCUACCCCACCACCUGGAAACGCUGGGUCUUCUUCCUCAUACCUGGCAUUGCCAUUGCUAUCAUUGGCCUUUGUGUGUAUGUGUUCACAGAAACAGAUGAGAACUACUUCUACACGCAUAGCAUCUGGCAUAUCAUGGUAGCAAGCAGUGUGGUAUUCUUGCUGCCUCCACGGGAGUAUCAGAAGGAGCCCUGGGGCUGCUCGCGCAAGUUCUGUGGAUACCAGAUAUGUAAGAAUGAGAAGGAGGAGCUCUACACUGUCACUUAGUGGCAGGGUGGGGGCUGCUGCCUGCCCACCUAUUGUGUGUUGCACUUGGCGCCCUGUAAAUGUCCUUAAGGUUUUGUGUCCCCUUCACAGAUGAUUAUUUUAUAUUGGUGGUGUUCACAGGAUAUGUUUUAGUUAAUGUCUUCAGCCCUUUGACAAAAAGUGAAGCUGCUGGUAAUUAAAAUAAUGGAGCGAUUACGAUUUAUUAAAUUUUUUUUUUAAAGAUGUGUUGUUUGUAAUGUGUAACAGCACAUUGACAUCACGAAAACGUCUGUAUUGUAGGGAUUCUGUGCGACAAUCUCCAAAGUAGUAGCUUUUUUUAUGCAAAAAGACAAUACUUUCUCCAAGUAUGUGCAAUAUUUCUUUAUAUGUGACAAAUAACAAUAAAUGAAGCACUUUAAUUUUGUUCAUAAAUUAAAAAUGUCAUAACUCUGUUGUACUGCUUUGCCAUACAAAUCUACAUUUGUGCGAGAAGACCUGAUCUGAAAAGGAUAUUUACAAGGAGUCAUAGAUAUAAAAGUUAUUUACUGAAGAGUUCCAUUGGUGUGUCUUAGUAAUAAAUGUACAUAUUCUAGACUUGGAAUGAAAAGCGGUGUAAUUUUUUCGGAGGUGUUUAUAAUCAGAAUAUUUUUAAAAUUUUUUGUGUCAAGGAAGAGUUAGACUUGAAUAUUUUGAGCACUUUUAUAUGUUAAAUUAUACUGUACUGUCAUUCUUUUGAAUCCAAUUUAUAAAAGCAGUGGGAAACCCUUUAUUUGUGCUAUGUUUUCAGCAUCUGGCUUCAGUACAAGCAAUAAGAAAACUAAGCUAUUAGUGUGAGGCCAGGGGUGUUGCCACACAAUCAUGUUUUUCAGUUUUAUUGUUUUGUAAUCUCUAGUUUGUUGUAAAUUCAUUUGAACCACUGUGCUCAUUUGAUUUGUUGCUGUACUAAUUUCACUUUCAUUUUAAAAUGUAAAAGAAUACCAUUUUUGUAUGUUGCAAUGAAACCAAAUGUACUGUACAUGUACUGAUAGUUUUACAUGUUAGUUUCAACUUUUUAAAUGUAACAUUUGUGACACUAAAUGGAAUAUUGUGAAACAUUCCAAAUAAAUUUAGUUUUGGGGGGGAAACUGAUGACUACCCUAAUCAACAGAGUUAUUCAAACUACAAGAAAACAGUGCUUUAGCUUUAUUGCACAGGUCAUGUGAAGAAACAACUGAAAGGUGAUGAAACAGUUUUCCAGAGGUUGUAUUGAGAAACUUAAGUUGCAUAAAGGAGUGAAUAUUGCUCAAAAAUUUAAUUUGUCUGCUGGCCUAUACCUCUUGGUAUGAAUUCUUGAGGGAAUUAAUGCCACUAAUAUGUCUUGUAAAAGGUAUAUAUUUUAUAUAUUGUUUUAAUUGCUUGUAUGUAAUCAAAAUGUGUUUUUCAAUUUUCUUUUAUGUAUAUGACCUUAAAUUGAUUGUAAUCAUUCCUCAAACUGGGACAUUAUACUUUGAAAAUGUUUUUUUUCUUCUUUCCCCAAAGCUGUCUUCCAGGAGCCUCUUUUUUUUUUAGUAAUUAGGAAAUUUGAGUAGCAAAAAUUGAGCUCUUGAAAGACACCGUUUGGGAAACUAUUGUGUUUUGUUUUCUGUAUUUAACAUUAAACUGUUGAUUGUACUGGUUUUCAGUUUGUCAACUGAAUAAAUCAUCUGAGA